AUGUCGCAACAACAAUCACAUCCUACGGGUACCUUGGCAAACCUGCCCCAACCGCCCUCCAAUCCGGACACCCCGUCUGAGAUGCCUGGCACCCCAACCAGCACCACCACCUCGCUUUCCACCCUCUCCACAACCGCCAUCAAAGAUGGCCACCGCGGCCAUGUCCAUCAUGGUAGCGGACCACAUACAAGUAACCGCUUCAGCGGCGACUACACCCGAUAUUCCCCUUCCAACCCCGAAGCCGAGCGCAACGAUCGCAUAAGCCGUCUCCCGGGCAUGAUGUCCGCCCUGCGCGGUGUCCAGUCUGCCGGCUCUACCGGGACUCCUCAACAAGGCAUGAACAACCCCUCAUAUGGCCAGUCUUCCUUCUACCAGCAGCAGCAGCAGCAACAACAAAUGGAGCAAAGCAACCCCAAUGUACCGGUAACGCCAGCCUACUUUGACGCAGCAGGCCAGCCCAGAGCCGCAACCAAAAUGUCCACGGUCGGCUCCGCCUCGGCCACCGACUCGGCAUACGAGGGCACCACCACCGCCUCGCUUUCGGCCACCUCGCACACCGGCACUAACACCGAGACCGCCCCCGAUCUUGAUGACGGCGAUGACCAGAGCAUGACCAUGAACCUAGACUCCCGUGACAACGACACGGAUAUGCCGACGACGAGUCCUCCGGCCAGCGGGUACGCCACGGGCCCCGACGCCAUGAUGGAUGAUGACGAGGAGAACCUGGCUACUCGGAGUGUCGGCACGUUUGAGGACAGGAUGAGCGACUACGAUGAUGGCCGGGAAAGCUUGGUUGGCUUUGGAGAAGGUGCGGGAAGUACGGUUAGUGGACCGAUAUACCACCGACGUCCGUUGCCUGGACAGAACAUAUCCGGUGGUCCUUCUGGAUGGGGCCUGGAGAGGAGUAGCUCCGGAUUGUCAGAUACGCUCGCUGGCAGCAGCGGUUUCCCCCCGACGAGCAGUGGUAGCGUAGGCAGAGGAGUCGCCGGUGGUGGAGGAAGGGACGUUAUCCGCGACAUCAUCCGUCGGGAAGGUGGUAUGCUCCAGGACCGCGAAUACAGCGUUGGUGGUGGUCACGACUCGACGCCCGCCAACCAAUCGGCCGUGUUUAACGAGCGCCGUGAUGCCAGAAUGGUGGAUGGCGUCGCCCUUGACCGCGAUCACAACCCCGCUGCUGCUGGUGGUGCCCGCGUCCGGAGCCAGUUUGCGCCGAUGGAUGAGGAUUUUGUCGAUACAACGGCCACCGGCCCCUUGCCUCUUCCGCAGAAUUUUUCUCCCACUUCGGCUGGUCGUCAUUAUCGCGAAGAGAGGCCGAGGUCGAAUCAGCAGCAGCAGCAUCCGUACCCGUUCCAGCAAUAUCAACAUCAUCUCCAGCAACAGCAACGUCAGCAGCAACAAUAUCAACAGCUUCAGCAGCAGCAGCAGCAGCAUAGUCAGUCUCAAUCGGAGUUUCAGCUGCGGCCGAUGGAAGUGUCGUCACCGAUGACGCGGCCGACGGGCGAAGCAGAUCCGAGGGAGACGGCGGAGAGGAUGCUGGAGGAUAACCUGACUGCGCAUGACUGGAAGAAUGUGUGA